UCUACAGCUUCACUUCUUUGUGACUACAACAAGCAGCAAAAUAGCGAUGACAGACGACCUGCUCCCUGGCCAGCACAUCUAACACCAAUAUGGAGUCCUCGCCAUUGAUUCUGGCCCACGACCAUGCGCGGGCAGCCUCCGUCGCAACCCAGAGUUCCGAUACGACUGUAGCUAUCAACGAACAUGCGCUGGCAGCUGGAGAAUUCGCAAAAGCUGCGUCUGGAACUGGGAGUGCUGAGGCUUUAAGGACGCUGAGACUUUUGGAGCAGCAUCACCAGAGACUCUCUGAACUUCUGCGAUACCCCUCCGAAAACCCACCGACAACAACUGCUACAGAGCCAGAAGUCCAGGCAGUGACCGAGAAACCUCUUUCAACAUCUGCGGCCGUUUCAGAGUUACGUGCUUCCAAGUCGGACCUUGGUCCUAUAUCGGCUUCUGCUCUCCGAAAUCCACCAAGUCUACAACAUCCCCGCCGUCUUCCCCCGAGAGAUCUGAGCUCUUCGAUCGCUAGCAACCUUGCAUCUGCACGUGGUAUCCGUGCGAACUAUACACGCCAGCCACUAUCGCCAAGUGUUUCCACUCAACAAGCUGCUGGUGGACUGGAGACUCUCCCUCGUAGAGAUGGCAAACGGUCAAAGAUUCCGGCUAGCAUCCCGGAGCAUUCACAACCAAGCUGGGUGCCGCCAGCUGUGGUCAGUCCUAAGAAAGUAGAGAUACCUACGGCCGUGGGAGAAGCAUCCUCUUCGAACGAUGAAGGCUUCUCCAGGUUCUACAAUACUUUUGAGAAUAUCCUGUCAAAGCUAUCUGCGCCACUCGCAUUUGCAGGUUUGCCCUUGAUAUCCGAAGAAGGGCAGGCUCCAGCUCCUACCGAAGCUCCAAAGGGUGUUAAGCAGCGGCCAAAGAGCAAGGAACGGUCGGGUUCUGAUCCAGAUCUCACCAAGUUUAUUUCCAGAUCGGCACUUCGAGCAUCGGCUCGUGACGGACAGUCCGGCAACGACUCCUUCUAUGUGGUUCCUACAGCUGGUGGAACAAUACCAUAUGCUGCUAUUGUGUCAUAUGAGCAAAAGGAGAAACGAAGAAUGGCAGCAUCCAUGCACAGUGAAAAUGCAGACCUCUUCGCUGAUCCGAACGAGGAAGAUGAUUUCGUAGAUGCCAGAGAAACACCUAUGCCGGUAUCACCCACAACCUCUAAGCGAAGCUUUGGACGGAAACUCAGCACCAGAGAGGUUGAGAACAAAGUCGAGGAACUGAACAUGGAGAACAAGAGUCUGAAAGACUGUAUCGACAAGCUCAGCAAACGUUUACAUGCAUUCGAAAUGUCAGCGCAACAGAACAGCAUGGCUCUUCAAGAGAGCAUUCGCUUAACUCGCAACAUGAGCCCUGCUAGGGACGCAUCCAGUCGUGGUGGGGAUGAAGGGUUGAAGCGAAGAGUCCUGGAGCUGGAGCAGCACUUGGCACUUGGUAGCAAGGAAAUUGAGAGACUUGGCAAGGAGAACGAUAAGCUUAAAAUUGUGGUCGCUCGGUACCGUGAUCGAUGGGAGAAGCUGAAGGAGGGUGCGAAGACUAGGCGAGAUGGGGGUGCCGGGAAAGAGCCCCCGAAGGAGGGUCAGGGGAGAAAGGAGAGCGAUCCUGGGGUUGGCCGCUUCAUGGCUGGUUGAUAUCUGGCUAAUUACUGGAGCCAUGGAUGGAUUUCGCAAUUUUCAAUACUAUCAUCACAAAACUGUCGGCUUGCAUUUCGGUUCCAAUCAUAUAUUCAACCCUUUAAACCUGCAGCUUCCACAUGCCAGGCCAUCCCAAACUACCACCAGGGCCCAUGCCGACGUGACUUACCAUUUAAGCAUGAUGACGAUAUUUUUGAGGCUCUGCUUUGGUGUCCAUCAACUGAAUGCAAGGGCAUCAAAAUUGUUGAGCUAUUCCAGUUGCUCAGCAAAUGAAAUGACCUGGCCUGCGUCGCUUGCGCCUC